UGAUUGCUAUUAAUUGACAAGGGACCACAGUCUGACGUCUAAAUAUUUCAAAGUAAAUCUGAACGCGUUGGAUUGGUUUUAAGAAAGUUUUCUUGCCUUUUGAUCGACCACAGCGUCUUUUUAAUGGUCUUCUCUCGAGGAAAAUCUUUCCGGAAUGUUUCUUUUAAUAUUGAGGAUUUUUGUUGUUUCAGAAGCGUUUACUUUGCUUCAAGGAGUACCAAUUUUUGAGCCCGUAGGGUGCUACCUUGACAGCGGUACCUCACCUCGCCCCAUGCCACUGCUUCUCAAGGAUUUUCGCCCAGAAAUGAACUGGAAUAAUAUCGAGGCUGUAAUUAAACAGUGCGCAAGCUUGGCAUACAACAGAAGUUUCAGCUAUUUUGGACUACGUUAUUAUGGACAAUGUUGGUCCGGUGCAACCGCUGAUCAAACGUACAGUCGUGACGGACCGGAUAAGAGAUGCGUGAGAGGAGUAGGCCUGGAAUCAACCUACUUUGUGUACAAAUUUUAUGACUACAGUCAUCAAGUUCCCGGAUGUAACAUGGUGUGGAAGGCUCAGGAUAACUUCUGUUUUCUUGUGUCUGCAAAUUACAGUUCAACCGAGAAUAAAAUGAAGGAAUACUGUCAAAAAAGUGAAGGAGACUUGUAUUAUGCAACAAAUAAAAGUGCAUUCCGCCUACUGGAACAGUUUCUUUACACGAUUGUGUCGAGUGCAAAUGGCGGAAAAUCUUCCCAAUGUAUUGUGGUAGGCCUUUUGAAUGCAAGCUCCUUCUCAAACUUACCUCUUACACAGCAGAAUAAAUCAAACUCGAUGACACACAUCUGUGCCACGAGAUUGCCAAGUCAAUGGAAGUUACAAGGAUGUCUUGUUAACAGCUGCCAUCAUUUGUGCAUCGCGCCCAGAGACAUCAGCCCUGUUUCUGGAACAUUCAUCCAGCAUGCCACAGACGCUGCUUUCACAGGUCACAUGAUUACCAGCCUGCUCGUCGAUGACGUCACUGUAUGUGCACGUGAAUGUCUGCUCUAUCGCAAUUGUGUGUCGUUUAAUUUCGAAUAUCUACCGACUGGAGGUCGAGAAUUAAUGAGUUCAGGAAGGGUCUGCGAGCUGAAUGACGAAAUUAGAGACAAUUGUUGGGCAAAAUUUCAUCGACGGAACAAUUAUAAAUACUAUGAAAGGCUGCAACUGUAAAUCAGUGUUUCUCGAGUUUUUUUUUUUUCAGUUUGAAUUUUGUUGAAAAAAUGACUGUUCCCCUCCCGAACCGUGGUGUUUUGCGAAAUGGCUCGAUUUGGACGUAAAUAGGAGACAGCAAAUUGUUAAAGGCGCCGAAUGGCAAAAAACUGCCUCUAACAUCUCU